AUGUUGUCAGUGCGACGUGACACAAUCGACAGAAUUGCUCGAUGCACCUACUUUGUGGGGAUCAAGGGCAGCCAGCUCCCCCAACCUGUCCCUGGCCAAGUUAAACUCGCGAGAUUCUCUCAUGAUCCAAAUGAGGUUGAUCUUUCUUGUGCGAUCACGAUGCAGGCUUGCGAACAGCUCGUGCUCCUGCCUGUGGUCCAGCGGGUCGCGCCCAUUCGUGCCAUCUUUGAUCGAUUGAUCAUAGCAGCGUCGCUCGGCCAACUGCACCGCGAGAGGCAGUACGGCCAGUAUCCCGAUACCAUCAGCUACUAG